CUGUGGGGAGGAGUCAGCCCGUUUUCUGCCUCCUAGAAGCAAGGCCUCGAGCCCGUGAGGAGGGGUGGGGGGAUGCGGGCGCGCAGAGCCCUCUUCUUCCCCCUCCCUCUCUGGCGGCCUUCACCGGCCCGAGGGGCGCCUGAACCGGGUUGCGUGUUACGUGUUCGUGUGAAUGCGGCCUCUGCCCCAGUGCCCCGCCCUGGCCCUGAGGCAAAAUUUGCCGGAGCCACCCCGUCCCGUCGCCUGCAGAGAGCAGCCCUUCCCUGGCGGGAGGAGGGCCCGACGGCGGAGGCGGGGCCGCUUCCAGCCUGCCUGCCUGCCUGCCUUGCCUCUCCCUCUUCCAUCCUAGUCCUGCUCUCUCCUGGCUCCCCGACGGUGGCGGUGACGUUUCGCUCUGGUUUUAAACUGAAUCACGAAUAUUUGGCACCAACAUUUUGGACAAGUAUGAGGAUGCUGUAGGGUUCUAAUGUGGUAGAAAGGAGUGCAUCUGUAGCUGACACAAAUGAAUCCUGACGUGCCUGCUGCCGCCUCUGCUCUAGAAGGCUCCUUGACAUGGCUGUUGGUGCUGCUGGGAAGCCUUACAGUGACUCUUCUUGGGGUAGCUCACAAACUGGGGCUCAUCUAUCAGCUGUGGCAUCAGGUGGACACGAAGAGCACUCGGCAUGGCGGAGAAACUGUGGCAGAAGUGCUGAAAGCUCAUGGUGUGCGCUUUGUGUUCACGCUGCCGGGUGGACAUAUCUCUCCCAUUUUGGUGGCUUGCGAGAAGCUGGGCAUUCGUGUUGUGGACACGAGGCAUGAGGCAACGGCUGUAUUUGCAGCAGAUGCAGUGGCCAGGCUAUCAGGAACAAUGGGAGUUGCUGUAACGACAGCAGGACCAGGAGUGACUAACACUGUGACAGCUAUGAAAAAUGCCCAGAUGGCAGAGUCUCCCGUGUUGUUGAUUGGAGGGUCAGCAGCCAGGUUGCAGAAGGGCAGAGGAGCUCUCCAAGACAUUGAUCAGCUGUCCCUCUUUAAACCACUCUGCAAAUUCUGUGCUUCCGUGAAGUCUGUCCGAGAGAUUGCCCCUGUGUUGCGAAAGGCCAUUGCCAUUGCCCAGUGUGACACUCCAGGACCUGUGUUUGUAGAGUUCCCCUUGGAUAUCCUGUAUCCCUAUCAUCUAGUAGAGAGAGAGAUUUUCAAGAACUUCACUUCUAAAAGCCUUUUGGGAAAGAUUGUUAACUGGUAUCUGCGCAGUUACAUAGGGAACCUCUUUGCCGGGGCAUGGGAGACACAGGACCUUUCACCUCUGCCAGUGAACUUGCCAAAGGCUUCAAGGGGACAGGUGCAACAGUGUGUGGAGCUCAUCAGCCGAGCUAAGAAGCCAGUCAUCAUCCUUGGUAGUCAGGUGACCCUACCACCAACACCAGUAAAGAUACUCAGAGAUACCUUAGAAGAACUGGGGAUCCCGUGUUUUCUUGGAGGCAUGGCUCGCGGCAUGCUGGGUAAAAAUAGCCCACUGCACAUCCGUCAAAACCGGCGUGACGCACUCAAGAAGGCAGAUGUGGUCAUUCUAGCAGGCACAGUCUGUGAUUUUCGCCUGUCAUUCGGGGGGAUCCUAAGUAAACGCAGCAAAAUCAUUGCUGUCAACAGGAACCGGGAGCAGCUGCUGAAGAAUGCACAUGUGUUGUGGAAACCCACCGUGGCUAUUCAGGGGGAUGCUGCCUGCUUCCUGGUGUCCUUGUGCCAAGCGUUGAAGGGCUAUUCAUGUCCCCAGGACUGGGUAACAGGCCUGAAGGAGGUUGAUCGCAUAAAGGAGAAGGCAAACAGGGAGAAGGCAGAAAAACCAACAGAGCAGCACCUCAACCCGCUGAAGCUGCUGCACCAUUUGGAUAAUUUGCUUCCUGAAGACAGCCUGUUGAUUGCUGACGGGGGUGACUUUGUUGCAAGUGCCGCCUACAUUGUAAAGCCCAGGGGGCCACUGACCUGGUUGGAUCCAGGAGCCUUCGGGACCUUAGGGGUUGGUGGAGGCUUCGCGCUGGGAGCCAAGCUCUGCCGGCCAGACUCAGAGGUUUGGAUCAUAUAUGGAGAUGGCUCCCUUGGGUUCAGCAUCAUGGAAUUUGACACCUUCGUGCGACACAAGACACCUGUCAUCGCCCUGGUGGGGAACGAUGCUUGCUGGAGCCAGAUUUCCCGGGAGCAAGUUCCCAUGUUUGGCAGCAACGUAGCCUGUGGCCUGGAUUAUAUAGAUUACCAUGUGGUGGCAAAAGGCUUAGGAGGGAAAGGCUUCCUGCUCAACCGCGAGAAUGAGGAUCAAACGGAGGAACUUAUCAGGACAGCACAGUCUGAAUGCAGACAAGGGCACCCUGUCCUUCUCAAUGUCCUCAUUGGGAAAACUGACUUCCGUGAAGGCUCCAUUGCUGUGUAGGGCUUAGCUUGGAGAUACAAGUAUGUGGGAUUUGGUUGCACAGCAAAGUGACUGCUUUGCAUGGAAGAUAUGGUUCAUCUGAAUUGAUCUCAAGCAAAGGGAUGGGGCCUUGG